ACAGCUCCUUGUUGGGCUGGUGUCGCUCCCUAAUCCCAGCCUCCGACUGUUUGCUGUUUGAUGCCCAAUCGUUGUGGGAUAAUCACCAGAUGUUGCCUUUCAGAAGUGAUGGUCUGUGACCUUUCGACAAAGCUAGCAGCAUGCUGAAAUGUGGGGUUCGCUUGUUGCGCUCUAGGGUCUUAGCCUCCUGGGGGCCCCAGCAUGCUUCUUGGAAACCCUCCCACCUGGCUGCGGCAAAGAACCCCAUGCCUGCCCAUCUUUCGCUGCGUUUGGAUGAUGGGAAAGUUUUCCGCCUGAAGAGCAACUGGGAGCUCACGCGGGGACUGCUGGUCUUCUUCCUCUGUUCUUCCCCAUGGCUGGUUCAGAAAGCACCCCUGAUCCUUUCGGGCACCCGACGAGUUCUGGGCCGGCGGCUGUGGAGUUCAGCACUCCGUCUUACGCUGUAUGGACAGUUUGUGGCUGGCGAGACCCACAAGGAGAUCAAGGACACUUUGCAACGGCUCCAAGGUUUGGGGGUCCGCCCUCUCCUUGCAGUCCCAAUAGAAGAAGAUGUGGGUGAAGCCAGGAAAGGGGAAGCAUGGUAUGACAAGAAUACCAGUUCGAUGCUUACUUGCCUGGAUCUGUCCAUGGGGGUUUCCACUAACCCCAUGAUGCAACUGAGGAUAACAGCAAUGAUGGCUGCUGAACUCUGUAAGACAAUCACCCUGCGCCUGAAAGAGCAGGAGGGAAAGUCGGACCUGAGCAUAGAGAGAGUGGUAGCUGUCAUGAAAGGAGAGCCACUGAACUUUAGCUGCCUGAACCAAGAAGAGAACCAGCAUUUCCAAAAAUCACUGCAUCGGCUCAAUUCAGUAGCACAGUAUGCUGUGGAAAAGGAGGUCCGUGUUCUGGUGGAUGCAGAAUACACCUACAUUAAUCCAGCCCUGACACUUGUCACCCUGGCAAUGAUGGCUGCUUGGAACAAGGAAAAGCCCUGGAUUUGGAACACCUAUCAGGCUUAUCUCAAGGACACUCUGGAGCGGAUGAAUCAGGAUUUGGCUCUCAUGGAGCAUUUGGGUGUAUGUUUUGGAGUAAAGCUAGUCCGGGGGGCUUAUAUGGAGAAAGAACGGAAACUGGUAAAGGAGAAAGGUUACCUCGAUCCUGUGCAACCCAACUGGGAGGCUACCAAUAAAAGCUACCAUCGCUGUCUAGAUUUCGGCUUGGACCAAGCCUUUCAAGCCCAGGGAAGGUUUGAGAUGAUCGUGGCCACUCACAAUGAAGCCUCGGUGAUGCAUGCUGUGCAAAGGAUGGCAGAGAUGGGCUUAGACAAAGCUACUGGACCCGUCAGCUUCGGACAGCUGCUAGGAAUGUGUGAUCAGGUGUCCUUGGCACUGGGCCAAGCAGGUUAUGCUAUCUAUAAAUCCAUCCCCUAUGGAUCUGUGGAAGAAGUGAUCCCCUACUUGAUCCGCCGUGCGCAUGAGAACCAGAGCGUCCUCCAUGGCAUUCGAAAGGAAAGAGAUCUGCUACGCGCGGAACUACGCAGACGGAUCCAGAGGAAGACUUGAGGGAAGCUAAACAUCCUGAAGAAACUACCCAAUCUCCCUGUUUUUUCCUGGACUAGUGGGACUAGGCCUUUGCGAUAGAGUCUCUGUCCCCCCUCAUGGUGUU